AUGAAAGAACGGAUUCCCAAUUCAGAUUCCACUGAUGGAUUUAAUGUCCCACUCUUAGGUGAUGAUAACGGGGAGUCGAGAUUUGAAAUUACCUGUUAUUCUAGGUCGUGUAAGGAUAUUUUUAUUAAGGAUAAACUAAUAUGUUGUACCACUUGUAGAAAAUGCUACCAUUCCAAGUGCAACAAGCCUCCUCUACACUAUGAUAUUGUCAUAAGAUACCCUUGGCAUUGUAAUUCUUGUAAAAUAUGUGUAAAUUGUAAUGAAGCUGAAAAUGGAGUAAGUAGCACAUUGCUGAUAUGCGACUCGUGUGACCGAGCAUUUCAUAUGGAAUGCACCAGGAGUAAAUACACCGAAAUUCCAAGUGGAAACUGGUAUUGUGACGAUUGUCAAUAUUGUAAAUCUUGCGAUAUAAAAUUUUCUGAGCAUGCAGUCAUUGUAUUAUUUUUUAGUUAUUUUUUAUGGUUUCCACCAAUUCGAACACUUAUUUUACAUAAAUUUAUAAAGUUUAACACUGUGAUGUGUAUUAUUGUUAUGAACUUUUGCUGUGUAUGUUCCAAGUCUAUAAACUCAAUCGAUAACCGUCAGAAUAAGAAAGUAGUUUGCAAUAGGUGUUCUCAAACUCACACAUUGACUGUUCUCAACCGGAGGGAGAUAGUGAUAAAUUUAAAAGCGGUGAAGAGCCACGAAUUUGUAACAAUUGCUACAAAAUUUUAA